AUGUCAUCAAAGAAAGUAAGAUGUGCAUAUACUAAUGAGGAACAGAAAAAAUUACUUAUAGAGUUUGUGGGCAGAAAUCCUGAUUUGCAGAGCGGAAAGUUUUCCAACACUUUUACUACGAAAGAUGCUCAAAAAUGUUGGGAAGAAAUAGCAACAGAAUUGAAUAAAGUUCCGGGCGCAGAGAAAGAAUGGAAACAAUGGAGAAAGGCGUGGCAAGAUAUGCGAUAUGCAGCCAAGGCAAAGAAUAGUGCAAUAAAAAAGUCCGCUAAACAAACAGGAGGUGGACCACCUACAAGUCAAAUAUUGACUGAUACUGAUCAAACUGUUUUAUCAUUAAUAUGCUCGACAGUAUUAGAUGGGCACGCAAAUGUGCAUGAACCAGAUGCUGUAUUUAUGUGGAACGAUGAUCCCUCACAAGAAUUGGAAUAUUUGGAGGAGGAAAAAGAAAGCGUCAUAGCAACUCUAAGACCGGAAUUGCUCGAAGAACCAAUUCCAUCAACGUCUUUUAAUGCCAAAGAAAAUAUACAAACUGUAGGACCACCAUGCACUUCCAACUCCCUUUCUCAGACUGCAAAUAAAAAAACUUUAAAACAAACGUCUGCUGCUAAGAGGUACGACACAUCAAUUAAACAAACAGAAAAUAUGUGUUUAUGUUAA